AUGUACGAGGUUUACUACCUAAAUGAACAGGAAGAAUUCGAAAAGUCGAAAGAAAAUGGCGAAAUCCACAGCUCCCUGAUUUUGAAAAACCGUUGUGUUAAUAUGGAGAAAAAAAAAAAGGUGGUUGAGGAAAAUACGUACGAGGGGGGAUACACCAUCUGGGAAUGCACGUGGGAAAUGCUGAAAUUUCUGCACAAAGAGGGGAUCGACUUCAGGAGUAAGAAUGUCCUGGAGCUAGGCUGUGGACACGGGCUGGUCGGCAUAAAGGUCCUCCUGGACGAAGGAAACGUCGUCUUCCAGGAACUGAACAAAGAAGUGAUUAACGACGUGCUGCUGCCCAACAUAAGGAAAAACCUGAACAUAAAAAUGAAGAGAAAAAAACUCAAGGACAAAAAAAACUUCAUGAAAAUACACAGCCAAAUCUUCAAAUGCACCAUCAUCAACAAACCCUGGAAAAAGCUGAAUAAGAAAAUCAGGAAGAAACAAUUAAACCCAUUUGAUUUUAUCAUAGGAAACGAAAUAUUAUAUAGAAAGGAGAAUUAUUAUCAAAUUUUAAAAAUUCUUAAGCAGAACAUGGGGUAUAAUGGGAAGGCGUAUUUCGGCACCAAGUCCUAUUACUUCGGCUUUGAAGACGAGGGGGCCGGUACCAACAGCUUCCUGGACUACGUGAAUAACAACGAGCACUUUAACUUUUCCGCUCGCGUUGUUCAGACCAAUUCGGACAAGUCCGUGUAUUCGAAGGACAUCAUAGAGGUGACCUUCUCCCGCAUGGACGAGGUCACCUGCCAGAUGGAAGAGAUGGACCUGGAGGUCGUGUGA